UUUUCGGAAAUUUAAGGUGGCUCUGAAGCCACGUCACAUGAUUAUCUUAAACUUUUCAAGAAGUUGCAUCUUAUCAUGCUUAUCACAAUUCGAUAAUAAAUAAUGAGAGGUAACCGCGCUGGUUUUUGAGCUAAAAGCGCUUAAAAAUAAAAUUGAGGAUGUUUUUAGCAUGUCAUAUUAUUGUUAUGGUAGCCUUUUUUAUAAAAGGGAUGACCGCAACUUGUUUACAAAUGACUGGGCAUUUGUGUGAUACCAUUAUUGUAGCAUCACUUGUUAAACAGUGGUAGUAUUCAUCCUUCAAAGUAUAGCUGUUAAAAAAAGUCUUUGACCGUUACCAGCCUCCUCAACGCGCGCGCGUUCGCAAUUUUCUCAGUCAUAUGAUAAAUGAGUAAUCGUAUCAGAAGUCAAGCAAUUAGAAAACAAACCUUUACUUAAACAUGACAUACUUUUACCUAAACUAACUUUUAGUCUGGGGAAGGGUUACGUGUACUUAUACAACCCCCUUUUUUUUUACGUGACAUUCAUUUCUUCGUUUAUUGUUAUGUCUUUCAAAAGUUGUUUUUGCCGUUGUUGUUGUCCCCGCACAGGCUCUCUUUGCCGGGUGCAGUUAAAAUGUUGGGAAGCUCGGCAAGUUUUAGAUGUUGAUGGAACUGAGAAAGCAUUUGAAGUGUUGAAAGAAGCGUCCUGUUCAUUCGAUAAUAUUCAAGAUAAAUCGAGUGAAUCUUACAGGCUCAGCAAAGGACUUUACCUGUAUACUGAGGGGGAGACUCACUACAUGAAGAGAAACUACAAGAAAGCACUGGAAAUCUUGGAGUUAUCGUUACAAUUUAGAGCGGAACUCCUUAAAGUUCAUUCUGAUCUUGCAAGGUGCUACAAUGCUAUUGGAAACUGCCAUUUUCACCUCAACAAACCGGAGACAGCACUUGAGUUCUACACUAAAGCAUACAACAUACAAAAGGAAAUUGCCGGUUCAGAGUAUCAUUUUGACAUGCCAAUGUACAAGAAUCAAAUCGGCACAGCAUAUGAGGGUCAGGGAGACUACCAGAAGGCAGUGGAGUGUUACAGAGACGCCCUGUAUCUUUUGGAAGAGCUCAAACUUUCAGGGUUUAGCGAUGAAGCACACUUCUGUAGAAACCUUGCCAAUGCUCUUAUGUUUCAGGGGAAGUAUCGAGAAGCAGUUGAACCUGCAGAAAGGGCUUACAACAUAAGGAUGACGCUUCUUGGGAAUCACCCACUAACCGUGCGUAGCAUUUUCCAGCGAGCAGUGCUUCAAGCCAACUUAAGUAAAUUUGAUGAAGCGCUGGAGCUUUUCCGCGAGGCGUGGGAAAUGGAGAAGUCGCUUGGUGCAGGAAACCAUAGUGAAGUAUGGCGGAAGAUUAUUAAAGGUGUUGAAGACAUGUAUGAUUACUCAGAGACAAAAAGAAAGAUGGAACGACAUCUGCCGUCAUUUCAUUCCCUGGAGAAGGAAAAAUUUAGAAAUGAUGCGCUGAAAUUUUGUCAGCGCUUCUGGGAUGAAGAGAAACGUUCUGUGCAGUUCAGCUUCACUGAGUACAACAAAGAGAUCAUUGAUGCUUUAUUGCACUUGGUUCGUGACCAGAAAGACAAAGAUGAAACCGAAAAAGACGCCUUGUGGUUCUAUGAAGGGAUGCAGACUGCUACUGAGAAAGAGUUUCAAGAGGAGUUUGACCAAGAAAUAGAUAACAGUAAGCUUAACGAGAUGCUGAAAGAAAGAGAUGAGUUCUUGGACAAAGUAAUUGAGUUUUGUCGCAGUCGAGCUGAGCACGAGAAACUCACAAGGCACAAAACCAUGAAGUUAGCACUGUACAAAAAAGUUCUUGUGAGACCAGACUUUGUUGCCGAGGACCAUGCCUACGACAAAGCGACACUAAAAGACAAGGUAGAACAGCUGUACCGAGAUGUUGGUGAUGAGCAACACAUUCCAGAAUUCCAAGAGGGCCUGUUGCAUACCUGGCAAAAGCACUGGGAGGUAGGGAAAGGUGGAGCGAAGGCGAAGGAGUUUGGUUUGGCUAGGGAGAGAACAAUCAUUGGAAUUCUCCAGUUAUGCAAGCAACUUAAAAAAGAGGAAAUGUUCAGAAAAUACGGAAAAGAAGCACUGAGUUUUUAUGGAAAAGAAACACUGAGUUUUUAUGAGAAUGUAUGGGAGGUGAAGCAGGCUGAGAUGAAAGACCUGGAAAUGGAAAAGUUCCUCCAUCACAUCAAACAGUUGGCAUCGUCCACUGGAGAUAAUGAAAGAAAGAAAUGUUAUGAUGAGGCAUAUCAAGUUCUCCAAGAUGAGAAGACACCAGGGGCCACGGUACCCACUAAAGGUAGCAAAUGUUUGAAUUUGCUGUUAUUAGAGUCAAUGUUUUAUACACUUUAAAGAGCAGGGAUGUUUCUUUGCAUGUAUCAGAAACUGGCUUAACCGGCAAAUUUGACCGGCUGAAAAAGCGCUUAACAGCGGCUAAAAUUUCACAAGAAAACAGAGGAUAUUAGGCACAGCUUAUUAAAGAGACUAUAUUUUUCUUGUACAUACCUGACAUUGUUGAAGCAAAAGCAGGAAAUUGAAGGAAUUUUUGCAAAAGAUAUCACUAUCCAUGUGGUCUAUUGCUAGAAAUGAUAAUGUGUUGUUCCAAAAAAACUACCCCUCCUUCAGAUAGUUUUUGACCUUGUGCCUUCCUCCCUUCGCUUCCCCCAUUCAGCUGGACCUUGGAAAUUCCAGUUAGCCUUCACACCCGCCUUUUGAGAACUUUCGAACUUGAAAUUCUGUCUCCCUUGAAAAUCCAAUGGCCUGCCAUAGAGUGGUUACCAGCCAAAUAAGCUGUAGCAGUAGAUGAAGUUUUGUUUGUGGUAUAAUCAAUGGGGAAAGUGGUAUUGGUCAAAUUUGAUUUGGUUGGUGGUAUCGGUAAAUUUUGAAGACUAGCCAAUGGCAACAUAUGCUGUCUCCCUCCAUUCAGGGCCCAGUUGUUCAAAGGGUGGAUA